GUCCCGGGGGCGGUGCCGGGCCUGUGCGGGGGACGCCUGGGGGGCGCUGCGAGCCUCCGGCCGAGGAUGAGGCGGAGGAUUUUUGUUAUGGAUUUAACUCUUUGCUGCAUGGACACAGAAUUAUUAUAUAAAGUCUGGACCCUCUAGCAGAACUUUUCUUAACCAACACUGAGAAUAUGUCAGUCACUCCUCUUUCUUGAAUAUAACUGCUCACUUAUAACCAUUUUAAUCACAAUGAGUUCAGGCUUAUGGAGUCAAGAAAAGGCGAGUUCAUCCUAUUGGGAAGAGCGAAUCUUUUAUUUGCUUCUCCAAGAAUGCAGUGUCAUAGACAAGCAAACUCAAAAGCUUUUGAAAGUGCCUAAGGGUAGCAUAGGCCAGUUUUUUCAAGAUCGCUCUUCAGUGGGACACAGCAGAAAUAUCCCUUCUAAAGGCAAGAAAAUACAGAUUGGACUAAAGAUUCUGGAACAGCCACAUGCAGUCCUAUUUGUGGAUGAGAAAGAUGUGGUUGAAAUAAAAGAAAAAUUAGCUGAACUGCUUUUGGCCAUUACCAACUGUGAAGAAAGAUACAGUUUGUUUAAAAGCAAAAGUAGAUUAAGUAAAGGCAUCCAUAUAGAUGUUGGGUCACCUGUAAGAGUACAGCUGAGAUCUGGAGAAGAUAAGUUUCCUGGAGUUGUUCGCUUCAGAGGACCACUGUUACAAGAAAGAUCAUUAUCAGGGAUAUAUUUUGGAGUGGAACUUUUGGAAGAAGGUCGUGGUCAAGGCUUUACUGAUGGGCAGUACCAAGGCAAGCAGCUUUUCAGAUGUGAUGAAGACUGUGGUGUUUUUGUUGCUUUGGACAAACUAGAAUUGGUGGAAGAUGAUGACAAUGAACUGGAGAAUGACUAUGCAGCUCCAGUUGACACAAUGCAGGUAGAACUUCCUCCUCUAGAGAUCAACUCCAGGGUUUCUCUGAAGAUAGGAGAAAGUAUAGAGUAUGGGACAGUUAUAUUCUGUGAUGUCUUACCAGGAAACGAAAGUUUAGGAUACGUUGUUGGAGUGGACAUGGAUAAUCCUAUUGGAAACUGGGAUGGAAGAUACAAUGGAAUACAGUUGUGCAGUUUUGCAAGUGUUGAAAGUACACUUCUCUUACAUAUCAAUGAUGUUAUUCCAGAGACGAUACCACAAGACAGAAGACCUCCUAAACUUGCCUUUACCUCAAGAGGUGGUGGUGAUAAAAGCUUAUUCAAUCAUAGUAAGCCCAAAAUUACAGGAUCUGCCUCUGAGCCUGGAAAUAGAAGCAGAUCUGAAGUUUUCUACACAUUAAAUGGCUCUUCAGUUGAUUCUCAACCACAGUCUAAAUCAAAAAACCCAUGGUAUAUUGAUGAAGUUGCUGAAGAUCCUGCAAAAUCACUUACUGACUCAUCUUCUGGAUUUGGGCAUUCUUCACCGCCACUACAGCCACCUCUAACAAAUUGUGUAUCGACUGAAAAUAGAUUUCAUUCUCUGCCUUUUAGUUUGACAAAAGCAUCUGCCACUAACGGCACUAUUGGACAUAGUCCUCUCUCUUUAUCUGUCCAGUCAGUUAUUGGGGAUGUGAACACUGUUGCCAACCAGGAAAGUCUAUCAUCAGCAGUGCCUGUCAGUAACUCGCAUGGCCUUGAAGCAGGUUCGCUGGCUGAGGUGAAGGAGAAUCCUCCCUUCUAUGGAGUAAUUCGCUGGAUUGGUCAACCACCAGGGGUUAAUGAAGUUUUAGCUGGACUGGAACUGGAAGAUGAAUGCGCAGGCUGUACAGACGGCACAUUUAAGGGAACACGAUACUUCACUUGUGCCCCAAAGAAGGCUCUCUUUGUUAAACUUAAGAGCUGCAGGCCAGAUUCUAGGUUUGCAUCUCUGCAACCUGUUUCCAACCAGAUUGAACGCUGCAAUUCUCUAGCCUUUGGAGGAUACUUAAGUGAAGUGGUGGAAGAGAACACUCCCCCAAAAAUGGAAAAAGAAGGCUUAGAGACAAUGAUUGGAAAGAAGAAAGGGAUUCAGGGUCAUUACAACUCCUGUUACUUGGACUCCACCUUAUUCUGCUUAUUUUCUUUUAGCUCAGUUUUGGAUACUGUGUUACUUAGACCUAAAGAAAAGAACGAUGUAGAGUAUUAUAGUGAAACUCAAGAGCUACUGAGGACAGAGAUUGUAAAUCCUCUUAGGAUCUAUGGGUAUGUGUGCGCCACUAAAAUAAUGAAACUCAGGAAAAUACUGGAAAAAGUUGAGGCUGCAUCAGGAUUCACUUCUGAGGAAAAAGAUCCAGAAGAAUUCUUGAAUAUUUUGUUUCAUCAUAUUUUAAGAGUAGAACCACUGUUAAAAAUCAGAUCAGCAGGUCAAAAAGUGCAAGAUUGUUACUUCUAUCAAAUUUUUAUGGACAAAAAUGAAAAAGUUGGAGUUCCAACAAUUCAGCAGUUAUUGGAAUGGUCUUUCAUCAAUAGCAACUUGAAGUUUGCAGAGGCACCCUCAUGUCUGAUUAUUCAGAUGCCUCGAUUUGGAAAGGACUUCAAGAUGUUCAACAAAAUUUUUCCUUCUCUGGAGUUAAAUAUAACAGACUUACUUGAAGACACUCCUCGACAAUGCCGUAUAUGUGGAGGACUUGCGAUGUUUGAAUGUAGAGAAUGUUAUGAAGAUACUGACAUUUCUGCUGGCAAAAUCAAGCAGUUUUGUAAAACCUGCAACACACAAGUUCACCUUCAUCCCAGAAGACAAAAUCAUAAAUUCAAUCCAUUGUCACUUCCUAAAGAUCUACCGGACUGGGAUUGGAGACAUGGAUGUAUCCCAUGCCAGAAAAUGGAGUUGUUUGCUGUUCUCUGCAUAGAAACGAGCCACUAUGUAGCAUUUGUUAAAUAUGGGAGAGACGACUCCGCCUGGCUCUUCUUUGACAGCAUGGCAGAUCGGGAUGGAGGCCAGAAUGGCUUUAACAUUCCUCAAGUUACCCCAUGCCCAGAAGUUGGAGAGUACUUAAAAAUGUCUCUAGAAGAACUGCAUUCACUGGACUCUCGAAAAAUUCAAGGAUGUGCACGAAGAUUACUUUGUGAUGCUUACAUGUGCAUGUAUCAAAGCCCAACCAUGAGCUUGUACAAAUGAACACCGUUCUCUGGACUAGAGAAGGAACUGUAUGCGGAUUUCUACUGUUGCAUUUGCUGUACUCCUUAGUUUGUUUGGAUGCAACCGUUGCUGGCAAUGGAUGCUAGGAUAAGGGGAAGAGCUGACUCCUAGAACAAAUGAAUUAAUAUUUUAAAAACAGUGUGAUGUUUUGUUGUUGAAGUAUUGAAGCAUUUUGCACUCUAGGAAGUGUGCUUGUGUCUGUUUGUUUUAUAAACAAAGUCUAAAUGAUGUUACUAAAAUCUAAAGCUUUAAGUUAAGUGCAUUGAUUUUAUAUCUACCUAUAUAUAUAGAUAGAUAGAUAGAUAUUUAUAUCUGUCUAUAUAGAUGGAUAGAUAUAUAUCUAUAUAUAUUAUAUAUAGAUUUUGAAAUUGUUAAAAGUUAAAUUGUAAAAGGAGAAACCUCCUUAGUCCAUUGAGAAUGUAAACAUAUAUGCUGUGUGUAUUUGCUCAGUGUAUUUCUGUGGACCAAGGAUGAUGAAUCUCUGGGGGUUUUCUUUGUUUUUUGUAGCUCUGUAGCUAACAGUUGCCUUCAGAAAGGAAUAUUUUUGGCUUUUAAUGAGGCUAAUUUUAAACUAGUUACUUUUUGUGUGGUUUUUGUUAACCCUUAGCUGUGUACUUUUGUGGAUUCUAAGCUUCCACACCCCGUGUCCUCAGAAAUCAUCAUGUCCCUAAGAAUUCAUCUUUCACUUGUGAAAAUCAAACAAACCUUCCUUUGGUAUAUGCUAUUUUUUCUUUGGAGAGAGGGGCAAUAUAUUUAAAAAAUGUUUAACGUAAAAGUAGAUAUAUGUAAACUACAAAUCUAUUUUUAAGUGUCUUUUUAUAAAUAAAACUUCUGUGGAACAGAACAAUAAAUUAUAUAGGAAUGAGUGGAUGGCAAGCUGAACAACGAAAUAGUUUUAUUGCUUCAACGAGUGUUAUGAAAGCAGAAUCUGAAGUCCUUAUGUGAAGCUUGGCCUGUUUUACAGUGCACUAAGCUGCUGCCUGCUAAGGGAUCACUAACAAAUGCUAAAAAUAUUUAGAAAGACAAAAUUAGAUUUAAAACAGUUAAUAUUUUACUUGAUGCCCAGUACAUAACAAAAAUGAAUUACUAAUGUAUACAGUGUAUAAUUGCUAUUUUACUUGGAAACCUAAAAUCUUACUUGCAGUGAAAUCCUAUUUUUGUCUAAAAUGUGUACAGCAAAAUCUGGAUGGUGUGAAAAUAAUAGGUUAUGCAUUGCAUUAUUAUGAGUUGUAGUGUAAAUUUUAAGACUUUAAGACUUGUUUUAUAUGAGUAACUGUUUCUCUGGGAUCAACUCUGUAAAAAGGAUGGAUGGAAAACAAAACAGAUAAAGUACUGUAUCACUUAAAAUGAAUAUUUCAGAAUCAGUACACUGUUUUAAAGGCUAUAGGAAUUGAUGAUCCUGUUGUAAAUACGUGACUAAUUUUUGACCGCAAAAGGUAGGCACCUCUUCCCCCUGCCCUCAACACUGAUUGAUCUGUGCUAGGGUUUGAAAAUUGUACUGUGCUACGUGGAAGAUUAAACCUGCGCGCUAAAGUUAGGUAUGCAGGUGAUAAGCAGAGAGUUGGAAUUAUAGAAGGAUGUAUGGGAAAAUGUAACGGUAGUUAAUAAAACAGCUUUGCAAGGUGCACACAGAACAUGUUUACAACAUAGUAAGUUGACUUUACUGCAUGGGCAAAUCUGAUAAGACACAUGAUGUGCAAGUAAUAUCUGGAAUUUUGUGUUAACUUUUACACCUUGAAAAAUGUGCAAUAACUUUACUAUGAGGUGAAGUUUCUGCGCAGAACGUUUUGCGUGGCUGGUAAACCCUGUGCUAUUAUCAUAUGACUGUGCCUUGUAUCUCAGCAGGAAGUGACCUGUGUUUAUUUCAUUCCCAUCUUUUUCUUCCUGGGUUAUCAAUACACUAGAUGACAAAUUUGUGAAAGGGUACAGCUACCAGUUUGUUGAAUGCAUCUACCCCUUGUGCUUCUUACGCUAACUAGGAGUCAACAUGCUCCCCUUUUGAAAGCCAGGAGCAGAGAUCAGGGCUUGGGUCCAGCGAGACUAGCACCUGCUAUCAUUGUAUGUAAAGCACAAACUGCUGCCACAGGGAACUGUUGCUAUGACCUGCCCCAGCCAUGUGUUUACUAAUUUUGCCUACCACCUGUAUUUAUAUUUUGUUACAAGAUAGAUCAUUUUCUUCUGGCAUAAAGUACAGUUUUUCAGAUGUCUGUGUCUGCUGUUCUAAGACAAAUCCGAAAAAAGUUCAUGAGAUAAAAAGUACUAACAGUUUAUCCUAGGACUUUGUGAAGUGUGUCAGAAAAGUUGUCCUGGAGCUGCAUUGUUGAAUCAGUACUAGGUAGAAAAGUAGCAGUGCUUUCAACCACUUGUUGACCUUAACUGAAAGGGGGAUAUGUGUUCCAAGAAAAACACAAGGCCAACUUGUGUGGCAUCUGUUUCUAGCCUCAGUGCAUCAUCAAUGUCACACUAGCACGGGCCUUGUUCACUAUGCUGCCCUUGGCCAUAAGAAUGGCCUUUAUUCCCAGAAUGAGUUUCAAAUGGUCCCACCCCUCAAUUUGGCAGGUUUACUGAAGUUAGUCUUAGGUUUCUUUUUCUUUCUAUGGUUAUGGGUGCUGUUGUAGCAAUCACACCAGGAGCUGAAGUGCAUAAAGCAGAUGCCUGGGGUGAUCAGCCUACUUGGCCUCCUAACAGCUUCUCCCUGCUAAGGGCAGGGCCCUACACCAAACUCACAGCUUUUAGGUCCACAGAGCAGUAGUGUGCUGUACUCCCUUUUAGCCCCAGGCACCCUUGCAUGCAUACUACUUUGACUACAAUGGAGCAUGUGUACCAAUCAAAGCAAGCAACCUACCCAGGUGUAGGGAGAGUGCCUUUUUCUGCCGUGGAAGGUUUUGCUAGCCUGAGCCUUCAAAUUUGCCCUGAUUAUAGAGAGUUGUUGUUGAGUAAGGUGAUUGAUGUACUCACCCAGUAGGACCCUGUAGUGACAUAUACUGGCACUACUCUGCCCUUUUUAGCCCAUUCUGCUGUUGGUUCUGGGAAAUAAAAUGUGCACCCUA